AUGCUGUUUGAAUAUGUGUUGAUCUUAUUGACGACAAUUAAUUACCAUCAUCAAGUUCAACCACAUCAAUUUACAUCAGUGAUCGAUAAUUUAUUACUUAUUGACGGUACACCAACACUUCCAUUUGCUCAAUUAUUUGCUGUAUCCGAUCGUUAUCUAUAUCAAUUACAUUGGAAUCAUUCGCAUUAUAGUCAUAGGCAAAAAACAACAACAUUAUUGCUUCAUCGUCGUGUUCAACUACAUUCUUCGAUAGUCAAUGAUAAUGAUCAACUAUCAUCUCCGUAUAUUAGUGUUUUUGUUUUUGAUUCUCAAAAAGAACUUUUACUACUAUGUGGACGAUCAAAAACUGGACGUUGUAUAUUCUAUGAUGCAAAUGACAUAAGUCGAGUUUAUUUAUUGGAUCGAGAUUCACCGACAAAUUUUCUUGGAUGUGCCGAUGGAUGUUAUACAUUUUCGAAUACAAAAGCAGCUGAUAUUUUACCAACAAUUAUCCAUUCAGCUAUACCAGGAAAUCGUAUUGAGAAAAAUGGUAACAUUAUUAGUACAAUUAUUGAUAUAAAUAAAGGCAGUGUAUUUGGUUAUAAUUUAAAUUAUCAAUUACGAUCGAGUGAUGAUGCCUUGAUAACAACAUUAAAUUUUAUACCGGAACGAAUGAAUGGAAUCGAUUUGGAUUAUGUCUAUGGUUUUGAAUAUAAAAAUUUUUUAUUUUAUGUUUUGAAGCGUAUCGAUUAUAUUCCAACAGAUAGUGGUAAUCAAAAGAGUGUGCUGUCGAUCAAAACAAAAUUAGCACGAUUGUGUAGUGCACCUUUAGUAAUGCGUUCAUCAUAUUCCGAAAUUACGUUAAAUUGUACAUUAGAAAAAUUUCAAACAACAACAACAACGACUGAACCAAAAUUGGCUAUGUUUGAUCAUAUUCAAAAUCAAUUGUAUAUUAGUUAUAGUUCUAAUCAUAAUGAUACUGCUAUAUGUUUAUACUCAAUCCAAGAUAUAAUGAAUACAUUUUCAAGAUCAUUUCAAGAAUGUCAACAAGGAAAAGGAUAUCGAUUAGCACAUAUUGUCGAUUCGUUAGAUGCAAGACCUGAGUGCGAGAAAUUGCAGACUACUGUUAAAACUGAUUCAGAUGAGUGCAUAUGGAAACCAUAUGAAACAAAUCUGUAUAUGGAUGGUUUGAUAACACUUUCUUCUGGUGCCGUCUAUUAUGACGAUCAGAAUAAGAUAAAUCUAUUAUUUGUAAAAUCAAAUGUUAUUGUAUUAGGAACAAGCAAGGGUAGUCUGAUCAAAUUCAUACAACAAGAUAAUAAAAUUCAUUUAAUCCAUGAAGCUGUUUAUAAAAAUGAAACAAUAAAUUCACAAUAUGUUGUUGAUGAACAAAACCAAGCAUUGAUAUUUGCCAUACAAAACGAGCUUCAUCAUUAUUCUUAUAAUUCAUGUUCAUUAUAUGAUACAUGUCAAUCAUGUAUUGGAAGUAAAAAAUUUGAUAGAAACAGAUGUGUCUGGUGUGAUGGAAGAUGCACAGAUGAAGAUCAUUGCUCGUCAAAAUCAAUGAGAAAUAGUGGAUGUCCUCCAACGAUUGAACAUAUUAACCCAACCCAUGUGAAUAUAAACAAUGAGUAUGUUUGGCUACAUUUAUCUGGCUCAUUCCGUCAGAUUAAACCUCAAGUAGUAUUCGUAACUGUUCAAUUUUUGUCGUUGACCGAGAAUGAGAGUAAUGUUCAUUGUACUAUUGAUAAAAUUGAAGAUAAUAGUCUAACCUGUCUUUUACGUGUACCAAGAAAGACUGGUGAUGGUAGUGUGAUUGUUACUAUAAUCCCGGACAAGGCUCCAGUGAUUGGUGAUACAGUUAUAUCUGGAUCAACACAAUUAAAACAAAAGAUUACCGUCUAUGUUCCAAAACCGCUUUUAUCUCCGAACGUGGGACCAUUUUCUGGUGGUACACGAAUAAAAAUAAAAAAUUUGGAUUUUAAUCAGCCGAUUGAAACUUCACAACUAAAAGUUUAUUUUAAUGAUAAUGAAUGCAAUAUUUCACAAGUAACGGAUGCUGUUGAAUGUAUUAAUCGAGCAUGUUAUAAUAAAAAUACAUCUUCAGUUAAUCAAAAAGACGGAGAAGAGUUAUUGUUAAACAUUUUUCUAAAGGGACAAAAGUAUCAAAUAGAAGAUACUUUUUUUACAUGUUAUGAAGAUGCAAUAGUUACGGAUUGGUAUCCAAAAAAAGCGUUUGUCAGUGGUGGCGUAAGGCUAUCUGUAUUUGGUAAAAAUCUGCACAUUAUUGAAACACCAAUGAUGAAAUUUUCUCAAAUUGACCAAAACAAUUCGACUGGAUCAAAUUCCAGUUUUCUAUCGAUAUGUGAGCACGAUACAAAUGAGACUAUCGUAUGUCAUUCACCUAAUGUCACAGAAUUGGUCAAUAAAAAUUUAAUUCUACCAUUGGAUUUGAAUAUUUCAUUUAUUCUCGAUAAUGUACCUUCACCAUCAAAUUUAUCGACAUUAACAAUUGUAAACGAUCCUAUUUAUUUCCCAUUUGAAACCUCACCAAAAUUGAUUAAUAUUGACACUGAGAAACAUUUACUUAUUAAGGGUGCCUCUUUGGCGUCAACACAUUCAAUGGAUCAACUAAAAAUUUAUAUGGGAGAUCUAAAUAAGACGUGUAUACCGUUAAACUUAACCGAAACACAACUACUAUGUUCAUUGUCAAAGUUCAUUAUUUUAACAAACGAACAAAUAUAUGAUGUCAUGAUUCGUGUGGGAAAUAACCUGACCUAUAAUAUUGGUCAAAUUUUGAUAAGAAAUCAAACAGCAGCCACAAUUGAAGAACAAAAGUCACUGACUGAACAUUAUCGUUCAAAUUCAAAUCAAUUUAGUCCUUGGAUAGUUGCGGCAUUGAUCCUCUUGACAUCAGUCACCAUAUUAUUAUUAAUCUUUGGGUUCGUUGUUUAUGUACGACAAAAAAUAAGAAGGAAUCUUACACAACAUCGUCCACCAGCAUAUUAUAAGACCGUGUGGAAUGAGUUAGGAAAAAAACUGCAUGUUAAUUCAAAAUCAUUACGAAUUGGAGAUAAAGUGGGAGCUGGUUGUUUUGGCGAUGUAUACAAAGGUCGUUUACAAACAAAAAGUGGUAAUGAAUCAGUGGAUGUUGCUGUUAAAGUUUUGCGAGAUCAAAAUGUUGCUACUAUCCACGAUUUCUUAUCCGAAGCUAAUCGAAUGAAAUCAUUUAAACAUCCCAAUGUUUUAUCAUUAAUUGGUGUUUGUUGGGAUCCUAUUCGAAAAGCGAUGGUGAUAUUACCGUAUAUGAUAAAUGGUGAUUUACACUCUUAUAUUAUCGAUGAGAAAAAUCGUCCAACUGUUCGACAACUAAUCCAAUGGGGUAUACAAGUAGCAGAUGGAAUGACUUAUUUGUCUGAAUUAAAAUUCGUUCAUCGGGAUUUAGCUACACGUAACUGUAUGUUAGAUGAUCAUCUCAUAUGUCGAAUAUCGGAUUUUGGUCUUAGUCGAGAUGUUAUUGAUCGUGAUUAUUAUAUAAUUAAAAAUGAUGAUAAAGAUAACAGUGAUAAAAGUGUAACUAAACCUCUACGGCGCCUUCCAAUCAGGUGGCUAAGUCCGGAAUCAAUUGAAUUAUCGAAAUAUACGAUACAAUCAGAUGUGUGGUCAUUUGGGGUGCUGCUGUGGGAACUGCUUUCUCGUGGAAAAACGCCGUACACAGGCGUCGAUAACCAAGACAUCUAUUCCUAUAUCAGAAAUGGAUAUCGAUUACCUCAACCUCCGUAUUGUCCACAAUUACUCUAUACAUCAGUAAUGUGUCGUUGCUGGCAAUGGGAUCCAUUACAGAGGCCAACAUUUUCACAAUUAGCUCACGAAAUUCGCACCAUUCUUCACACAUUAGAAAAACGAAUUGAUCCUCAACAACAAGAAAAAACGUCAAAAUUAUCAUUUUCAUCAGUGCAUGGAGAAGAAGCAGGCGAAUUGCCAAAACGUAUUUCAACCGAUUCUUAUGUGAGUUCAAACGGUGGCGAAUAUAUUCUAACACCAAGACCAGAAAGUAUGCAAUUACUGUCAGAUGAAACAAAAGAAACAUUACAGGAACAUUAUCUAGAAGGAAAUUAUGAUUCAACAGAAAUGAUAAAUGCUGAUGUUUUUAGUACAACACGUUUAUUACCUAGAUACGUUGAAACAAGUAUUACGGAUGUGUGA